AUGGCUACCACAAUGCAGUUCGAGUCGGAUUUCCGAUUCGAUAUGGACGACAACUUCAGCAUGUACUCGCAGGCCAUGACCUGCCCGUCCACAGGCACCAGCUUUUCGUCUGCUUCCUCCGCUUGCGAGCCAUUCACGCCUACAUCCCGACGAUCUACGCCCAAUGAGCUGACUCUCGACUUUGAUGCUUCUUUUGCUGCUCAUGCCGGCGAGCUCACUCCUCCUUCCACAGCCACCAUGCCCAAGUACAUGUUUGGCAACAUCAAGUCUGAGCAUGAAAUGGCCUUCGGCGAGGUCCUGCCCUCGACUCCCAUCCGCAAAGUCGAGCACAUCCACACAGACUAUGAAUUCAUGCCCGGCAUGAACAUGCCCGCGCAUCAGUCCAUGGGUUCUCUGACUCCGUCCAACUCCUUCAACAUGUACACCAUUUCACCCCAGGCCGCCAUGGGACCUGGCUCUUUCAUGAUGACACCUACACACAGCCUCUCUGGCUGCUCAGAUAUUGCAGACAGCUCGUCGUCCUGGUCGUGCAACGACAGCCCCAUUGCUCUGUUCCCCCAGCAGAAGAGCCUCCCCUCUCACAACCUCGAGUCUCUUGACCUCGAGCGCCACUCACAGUCCCCCAUCGGCCGCUACUACCUGCAGGGUGCCCCUCCCUCUCCCAACCGUCUCCGUGCGCACCGCAAGAUGAUGGUGCACGAAAUUCAGCGCAAGACGUCUGAGCUGCAGCGUGCCCAGAUCCGCGCCUCGAGAAAGAUGUCCGAGAAGGGUGACGGUGUUGAUGUCGUCCGCAGGGCCAUGUGCAAGUGCGACUACCCCGGGUGCCACAAGGCGUUCCGCCGCAACGAGCACUUGAAGCGACACAAGCAAACCUUCCACGGAGAAGGGCCCAACCGUUUCUCGUGCGAGUUCUGCGGAAAGGACCAAUUCAACAGACAAGACAACCUCAACAACCACCGCAAGCUGCACGCCCGCCCCAACAGCCGCAACCGCGGUGUGGAGUUCAUCCCCGCAGCCGUUCCCAUCAUCGAGCAAGAAGAGCGCAGCCGAAAGCGCAGAGCCCCUCCCAAGUCCAAGAUGAUGGCUGAGAAGCACGAUGAUUACUGA